AUGGCUGUACUUGUUGAAGCUGCUCAAGUUAGUGAGGAAGAAAUUCGACAAUUGCAUGCAGAUUUUCUUCUCCAGUAUCCAUCAGGUCGCCUCGAUAAAAAAGCAUUUGUUGAAUAUUAUCGAAAAUUCCACCCGAAUGUAGCAACACAAAUUCCAAUCGAAGAAAUUUUUGAUAAGAUUGAUAGAGAUAAUGAUGGAACAAUUGAUUUUAAUGAACUUUUAGUAGUAAUAGUUCUAAUGAGUCGUCUAAAUGAUGUUGGAUCACAAUUUGGUUUCGCAUUUGACAUGUGGGAUACAUCAGAUGAUGGAAAAAUUGAUCAAAAAGAAUUAGCUAAUGUUAUAUCAGUUAUAUACGAUCGUGCUGGUAUAACUGAUCGCAAAGGUGAACGAGAUCCGAAAAAACGAGCAAACGAUAUUAUUAAAAAACUUGAUGUUAGUGGUGAUAAAAAAUUAAGUAAAGAAGAAUUUAUUACGGGAUGUAAAAAUGAUCCAGUAAUUCGUGAUUUAUUUUCUCGUGGUAAAUAA